UACCUUGUCCCAGAUAAAUUAGUAGAUGCAAGUAGAACUUGGUAACAUAAUUCGGACAAGUUCAAGGUCCUCAACGACUAAAUGUAGACAAAAGGUGCAUUCAUAAGGCAACAACAGGCUGCCCGGCCGGCAAUACAGAACCGUUAGGUCCAAAAGGUUUCAUUAUCCUUAGGCACGCAUUAGAGCCGCGUCAAACUGAUAAUACGCGCAUGUACGUCUAAUGAUGCGAUGAACUGAAAAACGAUUGGGCAGGAAGGCCAAAGGUGCUCCUCAAAUCAUUGAAAACGAAAUUUUCUCAUGAAACAUAUUUUUUGUGUACACGAGCAAUUACUAUAUACGCACAUACGUGGAUAUAUUAGAAUUUAGGAUCAGGAACAAGGAUAUGGGUUAUUUCUUUAUUCACAGAGCAACUUUUUAUCUCGAUACACUACACAACAGUUGUAUCUUCUACAUAUACGUUUUGAUACACGGACUAUAAUUCUUAUAUAUAUGUACAACUUAAUAUUUGUACUACUAGAUUUGUACUGCAUACAAUUUGUAUGAUAUAAAUAUGAAAACUCAGGUUUAAUCAAAAUAAUUGGAACAGUGUUUAAAUUUUCAUCAUUUGACCAGUAACUUCUUAAAUUGUUACAUAUAUACAUACAUGCAUGAGUAUUUUCAUGAUGCCAUGCUGCCUUGAUAUGGAUGAAUUACAUAUGUCUGGAGAACUUCUUGAGAAAUUCCCACUAUUUGUAAUAAUAUUUACGUUUACCUGGAGGUAUUGUUGCAUUAAAAUACAAAAUUCAACAUCAUUAUUACUAAAGUCAAACUCCACUUGGUUGAUCACAGCUUUAUGGACACAUCGACAAUGGGCAAGUUGAAUAUGGCCGGAUCGAUUCUAAUAUUUCCAUUUAAGUUUGCAAUAAUUAUUCUCCUUGCUCUAAUUUUUGCUCCCCUCACGUUAUUGCUCAGCCUCAUAAACGAAUUAUGUCGAAUUGUAGUCUCCCUGCUUCUAAAAGUUAAGUACGGUGCUUCUAAAGUAACGCUGGUGUCGAAAGGCGAAAACAACGUGUGGCACUUCAAAAAAGAGGGAAACUACAGGAUAGUGACGCUACUUAGGAUUUACAAGGAUCCCAUUGAUUUGGACUUCCUCCGUGACCAGUUCAACAGGAAUGUGCUGGAGAGAACAGAGGCGGACGGGCGCACCAAGACGUUCGCCCAGCUAAAGAAAACUUUGGUCAAAAAGUUUGGAUAUUUUUGUGAGCGGGAUGACACUCAGGAAUUUGAUCUCAAGAAACACAUCAUUGCAUACGAUUUAUCAAAACCAAAUGACAACCGAGAUUAUUUCACUGACGAAGAAUUUUUUACAACAAUAAUGCCAAAUUUGACACAAGACAUGACUGAAGCAAAACCCCAGUGGGAGGACGUUAUUAUGCGUGUAAUGUUUAAAGACCAAGACCAUCCAGUAACCGUUCAAUGUUUACGAUGGCAUCACGGAAUAAUGGACGGAGUCACAGUGGACUCGAUUCACAAAUUCUGCAUGUCCAAUCGACCUCCUGGACAAGAGUUGGUGGAAGCUUCAGGUGCCCCAUAUCCCUUCAAUCCUUUCAAACCUAUGCGCAUUGGCAAGUACAAACUGUGCUUACUAAAAUUUGUGUCCUUCUUCACUGCGCCCUACAUUGGCAUCAAAUCGUGUCUUCAACUUUCCCACAGUCGUUUUUUCGUAAAAUCUUACACAAACAGAAGGCAUUUUGGAUGGACGAGCAAGAUGGAUUUCAACUUGCUAAAGGAAAUAAAGAAUUCGAUGGGUGGAGACGUGAGUAUUUCGGCCAUCAUGGCCACAGCUCUGAGUUCCACUUUCCAAGAAAUGGGUCGCCAAUUCCCCCGUGAGGGGAAAGAUGAUUGCACAAUUCCUUUCACCGUGAUUGGAUCAAUGUUGCCCUACAGAGGAAUUGGACCCCAGAAUCGAUUCACGGUCACCCCGCUUGCCCUCCCCUCGGGUGGGCAAGGGGAUUGUUGGAGGGAAAGGCUGCGAACUAUCAGUGCGCAGAUAAGAGGUAUGGACCAAAGAACUCUCAUCAGCUUUUACGUUCCUCGGUGGCUUGGGAGAUUUCCCGUGCCACUUGUGAACUUGGCACUGAGAAUUAGUGGAGGGAUACAACAAGUGACGAUGACUAGCAUGUCCACGUCCAGGGAGGAGUGGGCUUUGUUCGGAGUAAGUAAAUUGAUGGAGCUUGGAGGGUGGCCCUUGUUGUACGUCAACAAUGGCUUAUCAAUAGCGACGACACGAUAUGCAGAUCAAUUUCGAUUCUGGAUCGUUUCAGACAAUGCUUGCCUAUCAAGAGAACAAUUUGAUUAUUGUACUAAGCAAAUUGUGAUUGAAGUUAACAAAAUGGUUACGGAUUGUAGGACUUCAACAUUUAAUGAGGUCUGAGCUAAAUAAAUAUGUAAAUGAGAGUAAUAAAAUUACACGAGUAUAAAAUUAUGCAUGUACAUACAUACAUCUCAA